CCCGCGCUCCCGGGCCGCGCCGAUGAGUACCUGCGCGAUUCCAUCAGCUUCUCCCUCGGCCUCCCCGUACCCGACCGCUCCCUCCGCCUCAAGCUCCUCGCCUCCGAGGACCUCCGCCGCCGCCUCCAGGACCACGUAUUCGCCCUCGAGGAGGACCUCCACGCCGCCGCCCGCCGCAUCGACCUCCUCAAGAAGGAGUCCGCCAUGAACGCCGAGGGGAUCCGCCGCUGCGUGGAGGAGAAGGAGGCCGUGGCCGCCGAGCGCGGCAGGCUCGCCGCCGACGCCGCCAGGCUCGAGAAGGAGGUCACCCUCUACGAGCGCGACCUCGAGCGCGCCAUGGAGUCCUGCGACGACCUCGCCAGGGAGAACGACGACCUGCGGGCGCGCCUCAAGGACACCCCCGACCUUACUGCACUAAAUAAUGAAGUGCAAGCUCUGCAGAGGGACAGAGAGAUACUGAAGACCAAUCUCAACAAAGCAGAGGAGGAGGUUAAGUUGCUAUUCGAGGAAAACAGAGCUCUUGACGAAGCAAACAAGAGGCUGUUGAGCUUACUGGACAAAGAGCAGAAACAACGUUCUGAACGAAAGCAUUCUUCCUGUAAUUCCACCAAGCAGAAGCGCAAAUCAUCAAGUCUGAAGGACACGAGCCCAGUGAGCCUGGCUAUCGAUUUCAACAGUGCAGACGCAUCAAGGCAUCCUUUGUCACCCUUGCAGCAAAACUCUCCAGACUGCAGGGUGCACAAAAAGUGAAGCUGGCCGUAAUGAUAUUUACCUUCUGGAUGGCUUGAACUGAACAUCCAUCCUCUGUAGGCUUCAUCGUGGCUGCGGCGUGCUGCCUAUCUGAUAUAACCAACUAGCUGGGUUUUUGCUGGUAGAACCUGAAUCGUGUAGCCUGGAUUUUUCCUUGUUCUAGUAGCUGCACUUGUCAUGAUCCUUUCAUGAUAAAACCUACCUUACUUCUCUGAAGGUAGCCUUGAAAUCUGCCGAGCCCGCUGCUUGCUCCAUGCGUGUGAUGAAUGUGUAAGGGAUUGUUAUGGAAGCACUAAUUUGAUCA